CGGCCGGUCAUCCAGGUUACAGCUAAGAACGUCGGCCCUGGCGCGGCUGCUGCCCCUGACGACAAGGCGGGCAACCUUGCGAAGCAGAUCCCUAUAUGCAUUGGCGCCCGUCUGAUGCUGACGUCUAACCUUUGGCAGCCCGUUGGCCUCUGCAAUGGCGCUCGCGGUACAGUUUACGACAUCGGCUGGGCACCAGGGGUUGACCCCAUCCAAGACCCUCCCCGUGUUAUCAUGAUGGAGUUUGACAAGUACAACGGACCGGUGUUCCUGACCACCCCUGAUGGCAAGAAGAUUGUCCCGAUUCUCCCUGUAGAGAGAGACUUCCUCAUCGGAGCCACUCUCUGCAUUCGCACCCAGUUCCCCCUUAUC